AUGACGGCUGGAACAUGCAGCGAGGCUUUGGUAGAACAAAUGUGUCUUUCUCCUCUGUCGUUCUUUGGUCUGACGGGAGCCAGUACAGCAACUGACAAGCAACGAUGUUGGCACCAUCCCCCCUGCGAUCUCCCUCCAAGAACGUUUCAUCAGCAAAACUACAUUUCACUGGGCUUGACGAUCCGCUCUUCUGAACCGCUGAUCUCGAGUGUCGAACUUGUGAUGUCCAUUUCCCAUUGCAGCCGACUUGUUUCGCAUCUAAUGCCCGACAUUAUACGUGCGCGGACUCACGCUGGUGCUCCUGCAGGUGUUCACGGGCAGCGCUUAAUGUCGUUCUGCGUUGACGAGUAA